CGCGGCUGAGCCGCCGCAAGAGGGUGGCGGGCGCGGCCGUCGGGGUGGCCAUGGUGCUGCUGCUGCUGGUGGCCAUCCCGCUGCUGGUGCACAGCUCCCGCGGGCCCGCACACUACGAGAUGCUGGGUCGCUGCCGCAUGGUGUGCGACCCGCAUGGGCCCCGAGGCCCAGACCCCGACGGAGCGCCCGCUUCUGCGCCCCCCUUCCCGCCAGGCGCCAAGGGAGAGGUGGGCCGACGCGGGAAGGCAGGCCUGCGGGGCCCCCCGGGACCGCCAGGUCCCAGAGGGCCCCCAGGAGAGCCCGGCAGGCCGGGUCCCCCAGGUCCCCCCGGCCCAGGCCCGGGCGGGGUGGCGCCCCCCGCCGGCUACGUGCCUCGCAUAGCCUUUUACGCGGGCCUGCGGCGGCCUCAUGAGGGUUACGAGGUGCUGCGCUUCGACGACGUGGUGACCAACGUGGGCAACGCUUACGAGGCAGCCAGCGGCAAGUUCACCUGCCCCAUGCCGGGCGUCUACUUCUUCGCUUACCACGUGCUCAUGCGCGGCGGCGACGGCACCAGCAUGUGGGCCGACCUGAUGAAGAACGGGCAGGUCCGAGCCAGCGCCAUCGCUCAAGACGCGGACCAGAACUACGACUACGCCAGCAACAGCGUCAUUCUGCACCUGGACGUGGGCGACGAGGUCUUCAUCAAGCUGGACGGCGGGAAGGUGCACGGCGGCAACACCAACAAGUACAGCACCUUCUCCGGCUUCAUCAUCUACCCGGACUGAGCCGGGCCCCGCCCCCCGCGCCCCGCUCGCCCCUUCGCUCCCGCCCUCACCCGCCUCCAGCCGGCCCCGCCCAGGGCCCCACCCCGUCCUUUGAGAGCCUGGCGGUGGGGCGGACCCUCCCGCUCCCGGAGGCGGCCUACACGGGCGGGCGGGCUCUCGGACUCAAGGGUAUGAGGGCCUGGGGAGAGCAGACCCGGCUGGAGGAGGAGCAGCGCGGCUUCCGGAGGGGCCACCCGCACCCGCGUGCGCGCCUGUGAAGCCGGGGCCGCAAGGGGCGGAGGUCGUGGCUGCCUCUUUUGCUCGGAGAUGGGGAGCAGUUUUGCCAGCCGGGGCUCAGAGGCCCAGAAGGCGGAAAGGAAACCCCGGCAGCUUGGGAGGGAAAGAACAGAAACAGGAGGCGCCCGUUGAGGCGAGAGGAGAAAUUAAGACGGGGUAGGCGCUGGUUCUCUGUCGUGGCAACUUUCUCUCGCCAUCCCCUCCUCCCCUCAUCUCCACUUUCAGGCUCCAACCUUGGCAACCUUCCUGUGAACUGGAGGAACCAGUGAAUUCCUUCCUGGCAUUUAAAACUCAUUCUGUACAGUCCCCAUUCUACCCCUCUCCGGGCUAGGCCCUGGGGCUACAGCUGCUGUUGCCUCUUCCAAUAAAGUGAGGUUGGG